AGUUGGCUCAAUGCCGCGAUGCUCGUUUCGUACAGAACCUCACCGUUCUCUCUUGCGAGCGGGUAAGGUCUGAGCAUGCUGUCUCCCUCGAUUGGCUCUAGCUGGGUCUGGCCGUAAUAGCCAAGCAACGUACCAGACAUUUCCCUCCGUCGCUCUUUUUCCCCAAGACACUCCUUUUGGGGCGAGGGAUGAGCGUCGGACGGGUUGAAAGUCGUUGCGGAGACUGGGCUCGUGUGUUUGAUGCAUCCAUCCGUUGUCUGGAGUACUAUCGGCGUCCGGGUGUACCUUCGGGAACGCUUGGAAAGUCACAUUCGUCGGGCUGAGCAGCUGCUAGUCUUUGACGAACCUUUCCAAUGCCGGAUGCCAACGUUGACUGCCUUACCCUGCUGUGUGCCCCCUUGGUCUAUUUGCCUAUUUGCCUGCCGAGGCCCUUCUCCGUCGCCCGUGGCCUGAGUAGCUCUGCAUCGCGAGUGCUCACCGGGUGUAUGCUCUUUUUCGCGCGAUCCGCGUUUACCGCUCAGAAUGUCAAUAAUCCGUAUUGCAUUUACCUAUUACACUGCCAACCUUGCGGUGGCAGCAGCAGGCGGUCCGAGGCAGGAGGCGUUGGUAGGACGUACGAGGGACAUCUCUUGACGGUUGGACCGGUGUUCGCAUCCGGGUCCUUUAGCGCACUUUGUGGCGCGUCACUGGGCGUCCUAUACCGACCUUCGGGUUUGGUUGGACGUCCGUGGCGAAACUCGAUUCAGACUAUUCUGGGUCAACUGGAUCGUGAAAAUUUUUUGCUCUGCCAAUCUCUUCGGAGAUUUUUAUUCUUUUGUUUUUUUUUCGGAGGCGGCUAGUAUAUACCUAUUCAAUUGUAGAGUUCCCUCGCUAGUGUUUAUCCGUUGAUUAAUUAUUUGAGAUAUUGUCUGUAGAUAUGAAUUGAAAACUAGGGGGCGGCAAGCCAAAUCACUCUUUCAAAGACGCUUGGGAUCUAUGGC